AUGUAUUUCAUUUACUACCACCAUCAUGAUUCCUAUCCGGAGAGUCUUGGCAUAAUGAUGCUUCAGUCUAUGCGGUCACCCCACACCAUCACAAGUCAGCAACAGGAGUUGAAAGAGAUAUUGGAUCAAUGGGACGGCAGCCAACCUCAAGAACUGGACGAAGAUGUGCCCAUCAUUUCCAGUGAGCGGCCAAGAUAUGGCCGCAUGAUCGGGGAAUGGGUCUACGAGAUUGACCUUGAUCACAAUAUAUUCCACGUAAAUGGUGUACCAUUUUACUCCUUGGAAUGCCUGCCAGACAAUGAGUGUUUCCUCGAAGACAUUUCCGAAGACCAUUAUGGCAAGUUCGCUUGUCAUCCAGAGUACCCCCCUCAGCACAAGUACAAGAAGCCAGCGCCGCCAGUUGUAAACGACCCCGACCUCGCGAUUGACGUCUUGUCUCCAGACGAGCAGGUUCGGGUCGCAUUGUUAGAGAUAAUGGUUGGGCAGUGCAUAGCCAACCUAGACACUGUUGCCGAGUUAAUCUACGAAUUCAACAUAUCCCCUUACAAUCAACUCCCGGAUAGCGGAUUGUCGGUUGCAUACGCCAUGGCCAGUUUUGCGUUUCUUCCUCAGAUAUUCGACAGCGAGUCCGGGUUCGUUCGCCAUUCCGAGAGGCUGAGGAGAGAGAAGUUUAUUUCAUGGGUUCGCAAAGACACCAUUGUUUGCAUCACAACACAUCUGGACGGCGAGCGAUGCUUCCAGGCCUCCGUGUCACGCCUGAUCAAUGCAAUUUUAGAGCAACGGGAUGUUCCUGGUGAUUACUUUGGAAUUGCGUUCUCCAUUGCCCACUGUGCAAUCGUCAAAGUUGCGAAACGCGCACACAAAACGACGUUCAGUCAUACGCCCACACUCCAAUUUUUGCCAUCAUUCUACGCAGAUUCGCCUUCUACACCAGGCAUCACUGCUCUUGCCCGUCUUGGCUAUCGCAUCGACCCAGCACUCUUUGUGCGUGCUAUGGAUGUUUAUCAUGGACCCUGGGGAUUAUGGGUUUCCCGCAGGCGAAGGGGGAUUGUUAUUCCCUCUACUAUGGGCAGGGGAAUGGUGUCAGACGAGUGUCGCACUGAUCAUGAAAAGUCGUGCGCUGAGGGAGCUAAUGAUACACCACCCAGUAUUAGGUGUGCGGUGCUGCCUCCUGAACUUUGGCGAGAGAUCGCUCUUCAUCUCGAUCUCCAAGACAUCUUCACCCUCGGGUUGGUUUCAAAACUAUGCCGUCACACAGCUUCGACGGUACUCCGUUAUCCCCACGUCUGUGGUUAUCGACUGGUCGCUGUUUCCAAAGAGACACCAGACUGGCUGCUACAUCAUCAUCGCUCUCUGACUGCUGCAUCUUUUUCUGCCUCAUUCGCCGGCAUUCCUACUACUCUGCUUGUCGGGCGGCGUGAUAAAUCAGAGGAGCAUAUGGCCAUUCCGCUUGAUAUUAGUAGUUUGAAAGACUUCUAUCCCCGUUUCGAGCACAUUGUAUUUUGUAAACAGACUUGGUUCAAUACUCUCGCUGCUAAUCAUUGCGAAUCGAAGCCUGAGCAGGUGAUAUGCGACCCCUAUGCAUGUGUUACCUUACCCGAUGAUACAGAUAUCUGCGUCAGCCAACACCUGGGCCAGAUCACGUACCUUCAAGAAUUGUACAUCGAGGCAGCGGUAGCGGCUCGCUGA